AUGUCAGCUGGAAUCCUCAAGGUCAAAGGCAACCAGGUGGUCGACAACAAUGGUGAUGAAGUGCUCCUCCGUGGCGCUGCCAUAGGUGGAUGGGCCAACAUGGAGAAUUUCAUCACAGGUUUUCCGGGCCAUGAGUCCCAACAUCGCGCUGCCAUGCGCAAAGUGCUGGGACCCGAGAAGUAUGAGUUCUUCUUCGACCGGUGGCUCGAGUAUUUCUUCACCGAAGCCGAUGCCAAAUUCUAUGCGGAGCUGGGAUUGAACUGUCUGCGAAUUCCGUUCAACUUCCGUCACUUGGAGGAUGAUAUGAACCCACGAGUAUUGAAGGAAAGCGGCUUCAAACAUCUGGAUCGGGUCAUUGAUCUGUGUGCCAAAGAGAAGAUCUACACGAUUCUCGAUAUGCAUACUACUCCCGGCGGACAGAACCCCGACUGGCACUCGGAUAAUCCCACUAGCUACGCCGCCUUUUGGGACUACAAAGACCACCAGGACCGGACGGUGUGGCUAUGGGAGCAGAUCGCGGCGAGGUAUAAGGCCAACCCGUGGGUUGCUGGGUACAACCCCCUCAAUGAGCCCUGCGAUCCGGAGCAUGUUCGCCUCCCGGCAUUCUACGAGAGGAUCGAGAAGGCGAUCCGGCAGGUCGAUCCGGAUCACAUCCUCUGGCUGGAUGGAAAUACCUUUUCGAUGGAGUGGAGGGGCUUCGACAAGGUUCUUCCGAACUGUGUCUACUCCAUCCAUGAUUACGCGUCCAUGGGCUUCCCCACGGGGCAACGGUACAAGGGUACGCCGGAGCAAAAGCAACACCUCGAGCGGUCGUACCUCCGGAAAGUCGAGUUCAUGAACCAGCAUGGCACGGCCAUCUGGAACGGGGAAUUCGGCCCCGUCUACGAGAACCCGCGCGCCGAGGUCGAGGCCGACACGAUCAACGAGGAACGCUACAACCUGCUCGGCGAGCAGCUGCGCAUCUACGACAAGUACAAGAUCCACUGGUCGAUCUGGCUAUACAAGGACAUCGGCCUGCAGGGCAUGAUCCACACGAACCCCAACAGCAAGUGGAACCAACGCAUCCAGCCGUUCCUGAACAAGAAGAGCCAGCUCUGGCUCGAUGCCUGGGGCCGGUUCCCGCACCCGGAGCCCGCCGCGGUCCUAAAGCCGCUCGUGGACUGGAUUGACAAGGUCCAGCCGCGGGCGAAGGAGGCCUACCCCACGCCGUGGGGCACGGAACGCCAUGUGCUGCGAGGUGUCUUUCAGACGUUCCUGGCGGCGAGCUUUGUGGAUGAAUUCGCGGAGUUGUUCCGAGGGCUAGAUGAGAAGGAGCUGGAUGAGCUGGCUCACAGCUUCCAUUUUGAUGAAUGUGUGAAGCGGGAGGGGCUGAAUAAGAUUCUCAAGGAGCAUGCACAGGUGCCUGGGCAGUGA